GUGCCUACAUCUACGCGUGCCGCAUUUCUGCAUGUUUAAAUUCUACAGUGAUAUAAAAUUAAAAUGAUUAAUUAAUAAACAAUUUUAAAUAACAUAAAAGUUGAUUUGAAAUAUUCAUAGCGAUGUACAAUUCGUAUAUCUGCUAUAAAAUUGUUCGAGAUAAAGUAUUUGCUCGAGUCGGAAUCGUCGGAAUCGUCGGAAUUGAAAGCGAGCUCGCGGACGCAUGUACAUGUACCUCAUCCGUGUGCGCACGUCAUUUUGCUCUUGGCGCAUAGCACACGAUAUAGCGCGAGACACUUGAUGCUAUCCCUUUCGUUCGCAUUGAUUGGCAUUCUCUGGAUGCGAUGCGCUAUAUAUUAUCGUAGCAAAAUUCAUACCAUACGAUUUCUAGGUGAGGUUUUUCGUUUUGCAGUGGCUUGUGAGUACUAGGCGAGAAUUUUAAAUGUCAUGAAUUAUCAGCGCGGGUCUUUGCGUAUCUGUCAAAAACAUCAAUCACGGAGAGCAACAGUUUCUGUGCAAUAAGCGUUUUAUUUACAAUUCGAAUCUGAUAGUGCCAAAAGCGAAGUUUGGAAUUAUGAAUGUUGUGUUGAAAAAAUGAAGAAAUUUACAUUUAAAGGGGUCUUAGACGGAUUUCGAUCUUCUGUGCAGGCCCAACAAAGAUCGGAUCAGGAGAUUCAGGAGAACCUUCGCACUGAACAUUUCACAUUAAAAAAGACAUUUCGACAUGGAUUUCCGUUUGCUCCAACUGCCCUUGCAUAUGAUCCGGUUCAGCGAUUGCUUGCUAUUGGGGAUAAAAGUGGAUCACUUAGAAUACUGGGACGUCCUGGUGUCGACUGCCAUUUGAUGCAUGGAGAUUCUUGUAGUUCUGUGUUGCAUGUGGUAUUUUUAGUAAAUGAAGGUGGACUCAUAACAGCUACAGCUGAUGAUACACUACAUCUAUGGAACUACCGUCAAAAACAACCGCAAAUCGUACAUAGUCUUAAGUUUAAUCGUGAACGAGUAACCUGUCUGCAUCUACCCUUACAAAGCAAAUGGCUAUAUGUUGGAACGGAGAAGGGUAAUGUGCACGUUGUUCAUAUUGAAACUUUUCAAUUAUCGGGAUAUGUUAUCAAUUGGAACAAGGCAAUAGAAAUACAACGGAAGACACAUCCAGGGGCUGUUAUAGGACUGCGUGACAAUCCGUUGGAUGCUAGUAAGGUAGGUACAAGUUCGAGAUUACAUUUUAAUUUGUGUUUACACACUGCUUAG